AUGGCGUCGUCCUCGAUGUCGGAGCAUUGUAAUCCGCUGCAACAGCGUGCAGCUGCCGCGACCGAGGCAUUGCUGGCACCAGGGCGUUCCGUCUCACAGCGGGAGAUUCAGGCCAUGCUGGAGAAGAAUGAGACAGCGUUACGGGGCUGGAAUGCGCUGCAUAAACAGCAGCCUGCCACGUCGAACCCGACAGAGCACAAGGAAUGGGUCAAAAGGUGUGUGAUUUUCCGUCAGCAGAUUGGAGCUAGGCUUGAGGUCUUGGCAUCGAUAGCAGACAAGCAAAUAGCUCAAGAAGACGAGAAAAGUGACGAACAGAAGAGUUCUACUAAUUCAGCAGCUGUGAGGCGAACAGAGACGUUGCAUAGGCCGACAAUGGCAACGCCAAGUGUUGCGGCUUCACAAGCUCAGCAACAAUUUACGUUAGCGACCCCUCAGCAAAUGUACGCGCCGUCACAGGUUUCGACGAUGUCGAUGUUCAUGGGCCUUGCGUCAAUGGCGAUGCCAAAUGUUGCUACACUGACACCACCAACUAUGUUCCCUGAGCCUCCGAUACCUACGGGUGGAUUUGCGUCUACAAGCUCGAACAUGUUUUUUUCGACGGGGCAGAUAUAUUCGAUGCAGAAUUCGGCUGGAUAUUCUCCAACCACAUCGAUGGCAGUAUCUGGCGUAACGAUAUCAGAUCAACCUCAGGGAUACUUGAUGAGCUCAGGAGUCCAGCCAUUUACGCCAAAUGCGUACAUGACUUCCAAUAGUCGACCCUUUAGCUCGUUUGAUGGAUUUAUAAACCAGCAGGACUGCAUGAUGGGUAACGGCAUGAUAAAUUCACAACAGCAGGAAUUCAUGCCAAUGCCCAUGGCUAUGAGUCUACCAUCUUCGGGAGGUGCUACUAUGUAUGGUUACAACAGUUACGGCAUGCCUUCAGCGCCAGUUACGAACAUCCACAGCAGUGGAAACGGUAACAUUGAUACGAGCACUAGCAAUUUUCCGGUGGAUCCAUUUAUUACCCCACUUGGAUUCGCCUCCGACCAAAGCUAUGGAUCUUCUGGAUACCCAAUGGCUGAUUUGGCUAAUAUGCACAUACAGCAUCAACAACACCAGGUGAUGGGAUCUACAAACGGAGUCAAUUUUGGAGCACCUAUGAUGCAGAAUAAUUUUGGAUAUGGACCAAGCAUUGGUCCGUAUCCGUCGUCACCACCACAAAGUAUGAUGUCUCAGUCGAUGCCGACACAUCAGUUCCAGCCAACCUUACAACCUUUCCAGCCACAAAACCAGCCAACCCAGCAAAUUGGAGCGGAGCUCAUGAGUUUAUCUGCAGAUUCAGGGCUCUAUGGUGACCACAACGUAAACAUUUUUGAAGGACUUACUGACGAUUCUUUCUUUCCAAUGCAAUGA